AUGCGAAUAAUUCUUGAUGGUUUAAAAGAUCAGGUAGUAAAUCUUGUAGACGAUAUUUGUGUGUAUAACCACACCUGGGACAAUCAUUUGAAAUCACUGGAGACCGUGUUGAAACGACUGGAACUUGCUGGACUUACAGCAAAACCAACUAAAUCUUUCAUUGGUGGCGUCAAACUUUGGAUUGGAUUACGUAAACCACAUGGUAAUAUGAGACCAGUAUGGGUCGAAAGAGCGAUUCCAUACAAUGAGAACACAGCUUAUCCCUGGGCACGAUUUCUAGCAAGCGACGCUAAGUGUGUAAUCGGUGUAGGUAACAAUGAAAACGUCUUUGAAUGGCAGUUUUCAAAUUGCCAAAAUGCUGAAUCAUUUCUGUGUGAAUUUGCAGAAUCAGUAAAUAGAAAUCCUGAUGAAGCCAAAUCUACUAGACGGGCCCAUAGUAACCCAUCCAUUGAUGAUAUUCUACGAAUCAAUCGAAAUUUGAGUGAAAAAAGAGGAAUCACAAAUAAUACCGACUUGUAUUGGACUGAUACGGUUAUUCAUUUCGUAUUUGAUAGGAACCCUCCCAAUGCCAGUUCAUUAGACGAAAAUGGGAGGAGAAUCGUACGGAAUGCAUUGAAAUAUCUAGAAGAAGCAACAAUGGCAUGUAUAAGAUUCAAGGAAGGUGUGGCAGACGAUUAUAUAAGUAUAAUCAAUGGGGACGGAUGCUGGUCAUAUAUUGGAAGAAUCGGUGGAAAGCAGGAGUUGUCACUUUACGACGGAAACGACGGAUCGUGCUUAAGGGAUGGAAUUAUAAAACACCAAGCUCUUCACGCCUUAGGAUUUUUCCACGAACAUUCGCGAUACGAUCGAGAUGACUACAUUGAAAUCCAAUGGGACAAUAUAAAGCCUGAGUAUGAGGGUAACUUCUGGAAAGAGUAUAACAUGGAUCUUCAAUCCACUAUGUACGAUUAUGGUUCAAUUAUGCAUUAUGGUCUAUACGACUUUGCCAUAGAUCCUGCAUUACCAACGAUGGUUUUGCUUCAGGAAUAUGAUGGAGAAGUUGGUCAAACUAAUUAUAUUAGUUGGACCGACUAUUACGAAGUUAGAACUAUAUAUAAAUGUGAUACAGUAUGGUCAACGUGGGAAUCCUGGUCAGACUGUACAAAAACAUGUGGGAGCGGCUCUCGAACUAGGCACAGAAGAUGUUGGAAUUAUGAUGUGCCAUGUGGGGGUCCUUCUUUUGAAACCCGUUUUUGUAUGAUAGCAGAUUGUCCACAGUUUAUCGGUUACGUAUAUGACAGUUGCUGGAUACUCCCAGAAUCACUGUCCACAUUGGAAGGCACAGGUAACCCUCAUCUUGAUGGAGAUUAUGCAACACGAACCGACAAGGCCUUGAAAUGUGCUAGUGCUGCCUCACACGUGGAAGAACUAUAUUUCGCGCUUGGAGAUGGUGGGGCAUGUUACGCCUUUUCCGAUUACGGACUGCUCUCACCCGCUGGCUCGUCUGAUGUGUGUUUUGAAGGACUUGGAACCUUAAUCGCUAUCGACGUCUAUAAAUUACAAACAUUAAUCUGUCCUUAUGCGGACCCUUACGAAUUCGAAGGUGAUAUGGUAUUUUGUAUAGUUCCCCCUGGAGAGCCCGCUGUACCGUUCAUUGAUUCAUGUCCUAAUGGGUAUACUUGCACUAAUGUAAGUGGUGACACCGAUAACCCAGUAGCAGUAUGUUGUCCUAUUAAAGGCUACUGUGGAGACGUUUGUGGUAAUGAUCGGAAAUCAAAACAAAUCAUAGAGCGGGUCUGUUGGUGUGAUACAUUUUGCCACUCAUAUGGGGAUUGUUGUCCUGAGUAUAUAGAUGAAUGUGAAGAAACCGUGACCUGUCACGGAUCUGGUGAUCCUCACUACAAAACGUUCGAUGGCACAUACUAUGAUUACCAAGGUAAAUGCGAAUACAUUUUGAUGACCAAUGGAUGUGUCAAUCAAGGAAGGUAUGCGGUGAUCGUGGAAAACGAGUUAACAUGGCCUGGGUCACCUGUGACGUACACUAAACAAGCACGAAUUGAAGUUUAUUAUCUGGUAAUAGAGUUACUUCCAUUAAAAGAAGUCAAGAUUAAUGGUACCACGGUCUAUCCACCAAUCACAAUGAAUUACUUAACCAUAAAAAACGUUGGUUUGUAUUUGGUGGUUACUACUGGUUUCGGUUUUCGCGUUUCUUGGGAUGGAUGGUCUGUGAUACGAGUUGACCUGGUUUCUAGCCAACUUAAAAAUGUUUGCGGUCUGUGUGGUUGGUUUGAUUACAAGACAGGUCAUGAUCUCUACACGCCAGAUAAAAUGCUGACAUCUGAUGUUAAUGAGUUCGGCAACAGUUGGAGAACCAUGGAAGAGUGUAUGCAAGUGGAAAGCGGCAGCGACAGUUACAGUGAUGUCACGGAUAAAAUUCGCCGAUAUGUAGAUUCAAGUCCUUGCGACUUGAAUCCACAAAAUGCAGAGCAGGCACUUGACAUCUGUAAAUCACUAAUAGGAGCCUUACCAGAGUGUGCCGAUACACUGCCUCCAGACGUGUACAUUGACGCAUGUAAGAUGGAUCUAUGCGACUCACUUCCAGAAGACGAAGCCGGUGGAUGUGCUGUAUUAGCAAGUUAUGUUGCACUGUGCCAGGGUGAAGGAAUUGUGAUAAGCGAUUGGCGAGAAAAUACAGCAUGUGUUCCAGACUCUGUGUGUAGUGGUUGUCAUUUAUAUAAGGUCCACUUGGAUAAGGCUAACUGGCACACUGCAAAAGCAAACUGUGAGGCAAAUAAUGGUCGGUUAGCUAAACUGAAUACGAAACCUAUAUGGAAUCUGGUAAGAAGAUUUAUUAUGAAUAAUGAAUAUAGUAACGUACUGAAAGGAUUCUGGUUUGGGCUCGAUGAUAUUAUUAGCGAAGGGCAAUUCGUCUGGUCUGAUGGUACGCCACUAUUACCAGAUGAUUUCACAAUGUGGGCACGAAAUCAACCGACAAGUAAACCAUUGAAAGCUGCUGAGCAAGACUGCGUACAAAUGUGGGAAAGAAGAGGCUUGAAAUGGGAUGAUGAUAAGUGCGUAAAAAAGAAGGGAUAUGUAUGCGAGUACGAUCAUGCCUGCUUUGAACCUUAAGUGAAACGCUGUAAUCUCACAAAUGAAGAAAGGCAAUAAACGG